AUGUCUGUAGCGGCGGCUCUAGAGAAGGGGAACUACCGGCACCUGGACCUGUUGGUGCGGGCGGGGCUGAACGUGGACACCGCCACCGAGCGCGGGCAGACCCCACUCAUUCUCUGCUGCUACAUCGAGGACGAGUCCAGAGGACAGCACUGUGCCCACCUGCUGCUGAGCCGUGGAGCUGACGUGGGACUGGCGGACCCGUCCAGACGGAACGCCCUCAUGCACGCCUGUCUUACCGGCAGGCGCCGCCUGGUGGAGCUGUACCUACAGCCCGAGUGCGUCGACUUCGACUUGGUCGCGAAGGACAAGGACGGCAACACUGCCCUACAUCAUGCAGUAUUGUCAGGUAAUCCCGACAUUGUGCGGUCAAUGACCCGUGCCCUCGGCAAGUUUCACCUGGGAACGAGUGAGCCCAACAACCUGGGACUGACACCCUACGGGCUGGGCCGUAAACUGGGAUUCCAGGAAUGCUGUCACGUGCUUUCAGAAGGCCGGCAGACCCAGCCUCCAACCCACCUGAACAUGCACUUGUACAGCACUCACCAUCAAACCCAAGAACUCGUCACCCGAGAUCGCCGCGUGCCCACGGAAAUGUCCGAACGAUCACUUCAUCCGGUAUCGGCAAUGUCCGUCGCCACUCGUGUGCAUCUCUCAACUCCGGGUGAGCCUGCUAGCAGCGCCGCCUUGCAGGUAGACGGAGAACGCAGGAAACAUCGCGGGCGGCUGACGUCGUGGAGGAUGCUGGAGCAGCUCAGCCCCAUCAGGUCCGUCGUUCUGUCGAAGUCCUACCGGAAGCCAGCCGUACCGCCACCGCCUCCAAGCCCGACGUCGGAGCGGAGCACGGUGAAGCGCAAGCCUUCCCGAAGAAGCACGACCUCCUCCCAAUCCUCUCGCAAGUCGGGCUCGGGGUCGCCCUUCUGGAGGACGGCACGCGAAUCCCCACGCGGCGCCAAGAAAGGAACGCGGUCGCCCUCAAGAACCGCUGCCAUGGCGUCGCCUCUGCUGUCGCCCAAAAAUUCUUUCGGCAACUCCGGGUCGCAGUCACCCACCCGCGGGAGUUCUUCGGCCAAGGCCGGGGCCAGCAGAGCGCCGCUUCGGACGGAAGAACCCGGGAAGGUGAACCGGCCUAAGCUGCCCAGCCCGCGGCAGUCUCUGCUCGCAAAAGCUGAAGUUCCAUCCGAGACGGGCUCGACGAAAACUCCCGCCGGAGACAAACCUGUCGUCACCCGCAGUGGAGCCUUCGAGCUCAUCCGCACGUCCUCGGUCUCUAAGGGGGACAAAGUGGCCACAGUCUUCGACACAAAGACAGAACAUACUCCGGCUCACUGAGUACGGUUACUACGUUCAAUCUUCGCCAUUUUCAUUUGUAACCGCAUUUCAAAUAGUACUGGUAACCACAUUUGUUUCCAAGCAACGUCGUCUCUU